AUGCAACGUGCUGCUCUCUCUGCUCCUGUGCUCGCCCAGCCGCUCGCAGCACUGAUGCCCUCACCGCUCACUGGUCUGCCUGGCCCCGCUUCUGGCAGCGCGACCGGGUGCCUUACAGCAAUGCUUGUUGGGAGUGCGUGUGGCACACAGGAGCAAGAAUACCUGGAUGCUUGCAUUGAUGUGCUCGGCAGCAUAACCAACACUAACAACACUGACAACUGUGGCAAGCACAGUGGCAAGGACAACGGUGCGCCCUUUCUAGACACGCCCAUGGCUCACGUGCUGCUGGCUGGGAGUCUCCUCGCCAUGCCCUUGGCCAGUGGACCUCACGCUGAGGGGCCUGCUGCCCCACGUGUUGCCCCACGUGCUGCUGGAACAGCCCUGCCAGAGUGGGCGGUGGAGCAGGGAGGGACCGGGGAAGGAGGUGCUGAGGGGCACAGGCAGCAGCAAUUUCUCGGCCAGGAGGGCAUGCUUGCACAGGGGAAGCCUUGUCAAGGGUCGCGCAUGCACUCUCCCAUACAACCCCGCCUGGCCAUGCUGCACCAGCCCUUCCCCACUGGUGGUGCUCCACCGGCUCUCUGCAGCCCCAUACUUCCGCCAUGGCCUGACAUGACCGUUACAUCAGGAGGCGACGGCAUGCCCUGA